AUGAAUGUCGCAGUGCCUUGUGCGGAACGCAUGGCGGCUCAUUAUAAUCGUAUUGAUGAUGGUAAUGGUAAUGGUGAUGACAUUGGUAAUUACAAGGGUAAUGGUAAUCCUAAUGAUAAUGGCAGUGGUAAUGGUUAUAAUAAUAGUAUUGGUAAUGGUAAUCAUAAUAGUAAUGGUAAUGAUAACAGUAAUGUUGGUGGUAAUGGUAAUGGUAAUAAUAACAGUAACGGUUAUGGUAAUAAUAAUAGUAAUGGUAAUAGUAAUGGCUAUUGCGCUGGUAAUGAUAAUGAAACUUAUAAAGGUAAAGGUAAUGGUAAUGGUAAUUAUAAUGGUAAUGGAAGACAAAUUAUUGGUUCUAUUGAAAUAAAGAGGAAUGCUGCCAUAUUUGUGGGAGAGUCUAACAGCAACAUUGAUAAACUCAAAGUAUUGGUAAUGCCAAUACUAUAUAAAUAUGUUAUUUCUCAUGGUGGUUUUUUUCUACAAACGUAA